ACAUAAGGUGUCGGCCUACUUGUGCGAGUUCAUCGUGAAAAGUGUUUGUAAAAAAGCGUUUAAUAACUUUAUCAAGAAAAAAAUUAUACAUGAUGGCGAUUGGCUGCACAUUUACCAUUUUUAUCGUCCUUACCAUCGUGUGUGUCGUGAAAAAUGAAGAUAGAGGCAGUAUAAUACCUGUCUUUGAUUCUACCCACCGCUCUAAAUCAAACCCUACCCCAAAUGUAGAACUAACUGUCUCUAAGCUGUCAAACUACUAUUGGAAUACUACUAUGCGUCCGCCUAGCAGUACAACAGCUCGUCCACCGUCUUAUGACAUUGCGUUUAAAUUCUCUAACACUGGUUUGCGAAACAUCGGCCAGGACUUUAUUAACUGCAGCGAUAUGAUUAUAAGUCUUAGUCUAAAUGACAAUGAAAUAAAUAAUAUAUCGCCUUUUGCCUUCCGCAGCAUGCGGAAACUGAAAUAUCUGGAUCUUUCUGGAAAUAAAAUUCCGACAGAAAUAUUGUUAUCGUUCAUCGGAGUCCCUGCGCUACAAACUUUGAUCAUCGACAACAAUAAACCUACAAAUUUACCGAGUGCACUUAUCAACAAUUCCCUCGACCCCGCCGUUGCUUAUGGGGUCUUUGAGAGAUUGGAGCACCUGAAACUACGUAAUAGUCAACUAAAAAAUUUCCAAAUGGAUCAUCUGACGCUUCCUCGCUUGACUCAUUUGCACCUAAGCAACAACAGCAUUAACUCGAGUGAUAUUAUUUCCAGCAAUCUCCUGAAUACGUUAACACAUCUUUAUUUGGACAAGAAUUUGAUCGAUCGAGUUGAACAAUAUAAACUUAGAAACAUAGAGAAGCUUGUUAUGGACAACAACUUCAUCACCGAGGUAUGCUUCGAACAAUGUGAAAAGCAAUCCAUAUCUUUGAAAGGCGCCAUUCGUAUGAACACGCUGUCUUUAUCCAAAAAUCGGAUUUCAAAGGUGUCGGCUGAUGCUUUCAGAGAUACCAAAGUAUUGUCGUACCUAGACCUAUCGGAAAACAAGAUCACUGAAGUGAUCAAGGGUACCUUUAACAAAAACACAGUUGCGAUACAGCAUCUCUCUCUAGCUGGUAACAAAUUCACCACCGUACCAGAUACCUGUUCGCUGAUAUAUUUAAAGAGUUUGAAUCUGACUGGGAACCAUAUCAAUGCAAUUAAUUCAGACAGUUUCUGUCGUUUGGCACAUUUGGAGAAAUUAUACUUGGCAAAUAACGACAUAGACACUAUCGGCAGUCGAGCAUUUAUAAAUCUCCAGACACUGAAAUAUUUGGACCUUUCCGGAAAUCAAAUCAAACAGCUUCCAACAGAAUGGGCGAAUAUCUGGCGUCUUGAGGAAUUGCAUCUCGAAAAAAAUAAUUUCAAAAUAUUCGACGACGUAACAUUGGAUAAUAUGAAAAACUUAAAAAAUGUUUACCUUGAUGGGAAUCCGAUGCUAAGCUUGAAAACGAAGUCUUUCCAAUCGCUACCAACAGGCUUAACAGUACAUGUAAAACAUAUGGGAAUCAAGAACUGGUAUAAAAAAGAUGAUGAUGAUGAUGAUGAUGAUGAUGAUGAUGAUGAUGAUGAUGAUGAUGAUGAUAAUUAUGGUAAUGGAAACUAUUACUGGAAUGGAUAAAGUAAGAGUGAUUUAACUUGUUACAUAUAUUUUAACUUUUAAUAUCUUUUCCUUUUAAUGGCUUAAAGCAUAAUUGUUUUCCGUAGCAGCUAUUUUUGAAUUUGUGUUU